AUGGUUCAAUUUGGAUCUACUAGCCGGUCGAUACGGAUGGCCUUUCCAGAGAGGCUGCAGUUUGUUCAUUUUUGGCGUUUUGAAAUUCAGUCAACGUUUUCAAUGAGAGAUGCGGACAAUUUCUCGACCAUCUACGGACCACGAAUCUACGAAUGGUGUAUCCGAAUAGAUCGCGGAGACACAUUUGGUUUUCGAAACUUCGAGAAUCGUGGUGUUGAGCUGUCCGUCGAGCCGACAAUACGCGCAUUCAAUACUCGACUGCCAGCGGAUUCCACAUGCACCUUUAACCUUGUAGUACUUCAACAAGGAACGAAUAAAGUGCUGCUCAGAGCUCGUCCGCAGGUGUGCUCUGUGAUCGACGAGCCGCACGGCAAUCGUGGUUAUUACGUUCCGCAAGCCUCGGAUUUGGGAGCGGCAUUACAAAGAAUGCUUAAAGGGAACGAAUUUUUCGGUCACAUUUGCGAGCUGACGUCUACAUUAGCCAUACCGAUCACAUCAUUCAAUUUGGAUGAGAUCGAGAACCUUGCUCCUCGUCCUCCCAGCUUUCCGGAUUAUCGGUUCCGAAUGCUCACUGAUCCAUCCCGAUUGGACUUCACGAUUCGCUGUCGAGAUGGCAACAUCUCUGUGGCCAAAGAGGGCAUUUUCCUGGCAUCUGAAUACUUCCGAGAUUACUUGGAAGCAGCAGAUCAUCACGAUGCCAAUUUCGGCGAUGUCGACAAACAGGCAGUCCUAGUCGUAUGUUUCAUUUGUCUAGGAUACUCCACUCAUCCGACUGUUACUCAUAGUCGCAGAAAUAUUGAAACGGGUAUAGCAACUUGGGUUGAAGCCUAA